CGACAGUGCCCAUUCGGCCGAUAGCUAAACAAAAACAAAAAAAAAAUAAACAUAAACAAACAACAGCACAAGGACCGGACCUAGUCAAACAAAACAACGCCAUGGGUUUUCCGCGCAUCCUCAGCAAGAACAACAAGAUCUACACCAAGCUGGGCGAGUUCUGUUUGUCGGGGGAUAGCUUCUGGAUUGUUUGUCACACGUGCCAAGAGGAGUUGCAGACACAGGAUCAGUUCUGGAAGCACAUACAGGAUGAGCAUAAUUUCAUGCACGGGGUGGCAAAGGAACACAGUCGUACAUCCAGCUACUGCCUAACGGAUGUGGAGGCUGCGGCGGCAGCAGCAACGCCAGGAAGCAGCUCCCAGCAAGGCGCCACAGCGAUCAGUGUGCCUCUGGCACUUUACACCUGCUCAACCAAGUAUUCUGAGGAGGAGCAGCGGGAGGUGGAAAUGCACGAACAGCAGGUGCAACACCAAGUGCAACAGCAGCAAGCGCAGCAGCAGCAAGCGCAGCAGCAACAACACCAACAGUCUCAGCAGCAAGGGCACCAGCAACACCAGGUUCAACAACAGCAGACCCACCAGCAGCUCCAACAGCAGCGGGAUGUUGCCAAGGAGCUGGCUGAACUCCAUGCCAAUGCGGUAGCUGCCGCUGCAGCCUCCGCAGCUGUGGUAUCCACAGGCGAAGGAACUACCCAAAGUAACAGCGCCAUCGACAUUAAAAUAGAGCCCAGCAGUCUGACACUUACACCCGAAAUGCAGGCUGCUGCAGCAGCUGGGGGGACCAUUUACCAUCUGCCACAGCUAGUUCCACCACCUGUACCGCCUCCACCGCCAGGGUCCGGAUUUGUAAGCGUCAGCGCCAGUACCAGCACCUCCAAUACGGUCAGCACCACGCCACCCAAUGUUCUACAGCAGCAACAGCAACUAAACAUGUCUGUCGUUCCUUCGACGGCUAUGGCCGCCGCUAUGCUAGCCGCCAGUCAGGAACAGCUGCCCAAGGACUCUAACAGCACGACGGCCAGCGCCGGGAGUGCUGUCUCUUCAGAUGACGGAGAACGCUGGUACGUCUGCGAUUACGAGACUUGUGGUUUGAAGUUUAAGUAUAAGUCGAGAAUGGAGCUACAUCGGGUAGUUCACAGCAAGGAGCGGCGGUUCAAUUGCGAACUGUGCAGUGCCUCCUUCAAGCAGUCGUGCAACCUAUCAACACACCGGAAGAAAAAGCACGCACUGAGAGGCAUCAAAAGCGAGAUAUUGCCGCAGCGCUUUUAGGCUAUACAUUAAACAGAGACAGCUCAAAGAUUCCCCAAUUAACCACAUUGCAUCUCGAAAAACCCUGUUUGAAAAUGUUGACUUAAGUUCAAGGAAAUCGCUUGUUUGCCACAAAAAAUGUUCAUUGUGCUAGGAGCCACAGAAAUCUGUUGAAUUAGCAAGGUGUGUACAAAAGAGUUCUACAUUUUGUCUCUUCCAUGAUUUCUCUGCCUUUUCUAAGACUCAAUAAAGUUAUAGACUUUAUAUUUAUAUUUAUAAAUUAAAUAAUUCUGGAUAAUUCCGACUGUAAAUUAAAAUUUAGCACUGCGUCAACAUUGUGGCAGGCAAGUGACAUAUAUAUGUAUAUCACAUAUGUGUAUAUAUAUAUGCUCUACAAAUGAAUAUAUAUUGUAUAUAAAUAAAUAUAUAAUAUAAAUAUAUAUAACAUGUAUGCAUAUUUAGUAUAUAAAAAUAUACAAAUAUAAACUAAUAUCUAAUGUAGGCUUAGGUUGUCAUGUAAAUGUAAUGUAAAUGUUUAGGCAGAGGUAUGAAAACCCCCGUUAUCUUUUACGCUCUAAGUGUACAUGCAAUGAUGUGUGUAAAGGAGACCAAAAUUUAGAAGACGGAAUUAAGCCCAACCAAAAAAUAUGUUGGUGUCUAGACCGUUGUGAGUUUUGUUUUAGAGUAAAUUGGUUCACAAUGUGUUAAAACCGAUUAGUCUCCUUUGAGUAAGUCUUUUACUUUAAGUUGAAAUGGAUUCUGAGGACAGCGAGAUUUCUGGGACAUAUCUAGUGGUUGCUGAAAUAGUGUCAGUUACAGUUUACAAGGUUAGAACAGUUAUUUACCUAGAUACACAAUAUUUAUGUAUAUAUGGCCAUAUAUACAGCUGCGAAAAAUUUAAUAUUACCACUUGCCCAAUCAAGGUUUGAAUAAGUCCCAAUUUUAGGAUUUAAAAAGAGCAAAAAUACCUUUUUAGAAAAGUUAAAUCAUGCACUUAUUAGAAAAUAAAAAAUAAUUACAUU